CUCUCAACCUCUUCACAAUUUCACCACCACCCUCUUUUCUUUCGUUUGGCUUCUCACUCCUUGAAGUCAUUACAGAUGGAGGGUGGUGAUAGUGGAGCAUUGAGAAAAAGAGGAUGUUGUUUUACCAAAGAUGAUUUCUUGCCUGAGGAGUCCUUCAAGAGCUGGGGGAACUAUGGUAAGGCCUUUGGAGAGACUGGAACGCGGUUGAAGGACCGACUUCUUACUCGGUCCCUUGAUGAGAUAGAACUAAAUGAAGUAAAGGCCACAAGCCAGAAUGACAUGAAGAAGAGUCUCUCUUGGUGGGAUCUCAUCUGGCUGGGUGUAGGUGCUGUUAUUGGUAGUGGUAUCUUUGUUCUUACCGGUCAAGAAGCCAAAGAAGAUGCUGGCCCUGCAGUUGUUCUGUCCUAUGCCAUCUCUGGUUUAACAGCCAUGCUCUCUGUCUUCUGUUACACUGAAUUUGCUGUUGAAAUCCCUGUAGCAGGUGGAUCUUUUGCAUAUCUAAGAGUAGAAAUGGGUGAUUUCGUAGCUUUCAUCGCAGCUGGAAAUAUCAUGUUCGAGUAUUUGGUCAGCUGUGCAGCUGUUGCUCGCUCUUGCAGUUCCUACCUUGCAACCCUUUUCAACAAAGAUCCCAAUUUUUUCCGCAUAACUGCCCAUAUCCUCCCCGAAAAUUACAAUAAACUCGACCUGGCGGCUGUUUUCAUCAUCAUUGUUCUCUACAUUGUAGCUAUUCUUAGCACCAAAGUUUCCUCCCGCUUCAAUUACAUCACUUCUAUGAUACAUGUUAUUACAAUUGGCUUUAUCAUUGUUGCUGGCCUAACCAAGGCUGACAUCAAGAACUACUCUGAUUUUGCUCCUUAUGGCACCCAAGGAAUCUUCAGGGGUGCAGCUGUCCUCUUCUUCUCAUUCACUGGGUUUGAUGUGGUGUCAACCCUUGCAGAGGAAACAAAGAACCCUGCCAGGGAUAUCCCUAUCGGUCUUGUAGGAUCCAUGAGCAUCAUCACAUUGGUAUACUGCAUAAUGGCAGCCACACUUUGCCUAAUGCAACCUUAUGAUAAGAUUGACCCUGAUGCACCAUUCUCUAUAGCCUUCAAUGCUGCUGGGAUGGGAUGGGCUAAGUACAUUGUUGCAUUCGGGGCCUUGAAGGGCAUGAUAAGCGUUCUCCUCGUCUGUGCCAUUGGUCAAGCAAGGUACCUUACACACAUUGCUCGGACACACAUGGUGCCUCCCUGUUUGGCUCGUGUCAAUGCUAAGUUUGGAACUCCGGUCAAUGCCACAGUCGUCAUACUUGUUGGUACUGCUGCCAUUGCUUUCUUCACUAGUCUUGAUAUCCUUUCCGACCUAGUUUCUAUCUCCACACUCUUUGUCUUUAUGCUCGUAGCCAUGGCCCUCCUUGUCCGAAGGUACUAUGUGAGUGGUGUUACCUCCCCAAGACACCAAUCCUUGCUCAUUGUAUUUCUUUUACUCAUAUUUGUGUCAUCGAUAGUAAUUGCGGUGCUGUGGGGAAUGGGAGAAACACGGUGGGCACCUUAUGCGGUUCCAUUGAUUGUGUGGUUCCUUUCUACCCUUGGGAUCAGGGUUUUUGUUCCUCAAUCUCGAAAUCCUAAGGUAUGGGGUGCUCCUCUUGUGCCAUGGUUGCCAUCAUUGUCAAUUGUUAUGGAUGUGUUCCUUCUAGGCUCAAUUGAAGGGAAGUCAUUCAUGCGGUUUGGACUAUGGACUGUUCUCCUAUUGGUGUACUAUUUCUUCGUCGGCCUCCAUGCUUCAUAUGACACUGCAAAGGAGACCUUUGAGAGAAGGGCAGAAGCUACCAAACAGUUUCAGAAGAUCGAAGAGGGAAUUACGAAUUCUGGAACCUGAG